CCCGCCGCCGCUAGGCCCAGGGGCAGCGUCCAUGGGGCCGGAGCCCCGCAGAUGUGCCCUACUUUGGAUAUUCCUGCAUUGAAUGUCUGAGGAGCUCCAGCCGAUCCUGAGCCAUGUCGCAGAUGUUGCACAUAGAGAUUCCCAACUUCGGGAACACUGUGCUGGGCUGCCUGAACGAGCAGCGGCUGCUGGGGCUGUACUGCGAUGUCUCCAUCGUGGUGAAGGGCCAAGCCUUCAAGGCGCACCGGGCAGUCCUGGCCGCCAGCAGCCUCUACUUCCGAGACUUGUUCAGUGGGAACAGCAAAAAUGCCUUUGAGCUGCCGGGUACCGUCCCUCCCGCUUGCUUCCAGCAGAUCCUCUCCUUCUGCUACACCGGGAAGCUGACCAUGGCGGCGAGCGAGCAGCUGGUGGUGAUGUACACGGCGGGCUUCCUGCAGAUCCAGCACAUCGUGGAGAAAGGGACGGACUUGAUGUUCAAGGUCAGCUCUCCCCACUGUGACUCUCAGACCACCAUGAUCGAAGACCCCAGCUCGGAGCCGCAGAGCCCCUGCAACCAGCUGCAGUCGGCCUCGGCGCCCUACGUCAUGUCCCCCUCCAUGCCCAUCCCGCUCCUCACGCGCGUCAAACAUGAGAACCUCGAGCUGCAGGCAGCUGCCCUGCCCGGCCUGCCCGGCAAGCGGCCCCUCGAGCCCGGCGCCCGGGAGGGGACUGGCGGUGGCGGCCCCAACACCGGUCCCCUGAAGCUCUCCCGCGUCUCCUACUAUGGGAUGCCCAACCUGGCCACCCUCAUCCCCAACGUCCAGCAGGUCCAGUACUCGCAGGGGGAGCGGACGAGCCCCGGCGCCAGCAGCAUUCCCACCACCGACAGCCCCACCUCCUACCACAACGAGGAGGAUGAGGAGGACGACGAGGCAUAUGACACCAUGGUGGAGGAGCAGUACGGGCAGAUGUACAUCAAGUCCUCGGGAGGCUACUCUGUUGCUCAAGAGAAGCCAGAGCAGAUCCCACUGGAGAACCGCUCCUGUGUCCUCAUACGACGGGAUCUAGUUGCUCUCCCAGCCAGUCUUAUCAGUCAAAUCGGAUACCGUUGCCACCCAAAACUCUACUCGGAGGGAGAUCCUGGAGAAAAACUUGAGCUCGUUGCAGGCUCAGGUGUUUACAUCACCCGGGGGCAGCUGAUGAAUUGCCACUUAUGUGCCGGUGUCAAACACAAGGUCCUUCUGAGACGUCUUCUGGCCACCUUCUUUGAUCGGAACACGCUUGCCAACAGCUGCGGAACUGGAAUCCGGUCCUCCACGAGCGAUCCCAGCAGGAAGCCCCUGGACAGCAGGGUUCUUAAUGCAGUCAAAUUGUAUUGUCAGAAUUUUGCCCCGAGCUUUAAGGAAAGCGAGAUGAAUGUUAUAGCAGCCGAUAUGUGCACCAACGCCCGCCGGGUCCGCAAACGCUGGCUGCCGAAGAUUAAGUCCAUGCUGCCAGAAGGGAUGGAGAUGUACCGCACGGUCAUGGGCUCCACCACAAACAGUGUCCCCCUGGAUCCUGAAUUCCAGCCCAACACUGCUCAGGUCUUUGAGCAGCGAAUCUAUGCAGAAAGGAGGAGCGAUUCAGGAACUAUAGUAGCCUUGAGAACUAACACAGUGAACGUAGAGCUAAGCAAUGGAUCCAACCAGUCCUUCGAACAGAGCGAGGAUGCCGAAGGGGCUGGCUCUGUGAUACAGGAGGCAGCUGCCACAGAUGCUAUGGCAUCGGAUACCCAAAGCACUCCGCAACCUUUUGAACAAGGUUCAGGCUCCUCCAGCCGGCCCGAAACUCCCGUGAGAAGACAAGAUGGUACUUACGGAGGGACUUUAUAAAGAGAGCAAACGUUUCGUGACCUAUAAGGGAUCUGUAAUACUAAAGCUGCUUGCAUGCAUUACUAAUACAAAACAAAAAAUGUGAUCAAGCCACUUACCUACUGAACUGCUACUGUUGCCUGAAAAAAAUGUGAUUUUUAUUCUGCUUGUAUUUAAAAUUUAUGAAGGAAAUAAUCGCAUUCGUUAUACUGUA